AGAGAGAGAGAGAGAGAGAGAGAGAGAGAGGCAAUUAGGGAUCGAUGAAGAAGUGUACCAGUGAGACGUCGUCCAAACUGGACAGAAAGACGGUGGAGAGGAACCGGAGAAUCCAAAUGAAAGGUCUCUGCUUCAAGCUCGCUUCCAUGGUUCCUCCCCAGUACUUCAAAUCCUCCAAAUCCAAGGAAAUGAUGACGCAGCAAAGUCAGCUCGAUCUUGCAGCAUCCUACAUAAAGCAAUUGACAGAAAGAAUAGAGAAUCUGAAGGAGAGGAAGGAGAAAGAACUGAAAUCACAAUCAGGGACUAGUAACAAGUCGAGCAUUACUAAUGUCGAUCGUGCUAAUAAUAAAGCUGUGGUGGUCGGAUCAAGGUUGCCUAUUAUUAAAAUGAGUGAGUCAGGUCCUAGCAUAGAAGUAAUGCUGAUCAGUGGGCUGAAUAAGAACUUCAUGUUUUAUGAAGUUAUCAGUGUACUUCAGGAAGAAGGAGCCGAAGUUGUCAGCGCUAACUUUUCCACUGUGGGUGAUAAGAUUUUCCAUACGCUGCAUGCUCAGGUUAAAAUUUCUAGGGUUGGUGUGGAGACUACGAGGGUAUGGCAGAGACUGCAGGACUUGAUUUACUGAAAUCACAAUCGUAACUAAUGGAGACGGCCAUCUUUAACUUUCAUUUCAAAACUCGACAAGGAGUAGCUGAGGAGUAAAAAUGUAGCUAGGGUUUAAGCUUAAAUAUUAGUAACUUUUUCAUGCGCGCAGUGCAAUAGAGUUUUGGAAUUCUGUAUGUAAAAAUUCUGAAUAAUUGAAUUCAACUUAGUU